AUGUCGGUGUGGGGCGCUGCCAAGGUGUGGGGUGGCAAUUCGAGCACCCAGUCUGAUCGGGCCCAGCUGCCAAAGGGGUCUGAGGCCUGCCACAUCUGCGGAGACGACGAAGCGAUGGUGGAGAUAAAGCUGCGGCCCUGCGGGCACGAAAUAUGCCUAGAGUGCUGCAACACUAUGCGGGCACAGAUUGUGUUCAAGGUGCGUCGCUGCCGCCCCGACACCAUCGGCGACCUGGUGGAGGCCAACCGCGCGGCACACAAGUCCGCGGUGGCGCGGCGCACGGGCGUGGAGAAGACUGUAUCCACCGCGGUGCCCGACCCGCAGCGCCUGGUGCCCUCAGUGGCGCCGCGCGCCGCACAGCAGCCCGCCGGCGCGGAGGCCAGCUGGGCCUGCGCCGACUGCCGCCACGUCAACGGCGGCGGCCGCGCCGAGUGCAGCCGGUGCCACGCGCCCAACGCGGCCCACAGCCGCGUCGUGCACAGCAGGGACCCGCUGCAAUGCGGGGAGGAGGAGAUAGCGAGGGCGGCCUGCGAGCGGCACCACCCGGGCCUGAACAAGGCGUUCCUGGAGGCGGGCACGCCCUGGGUCAAUGGCGGCAUCUGCGGCACCCCGGAGGGCAUCAGGCGAGCGCUCAAGGCGCAGGGGCACGAGCGCCUCAUGAGGGUCAUACACAUGCUCACAGCUGGCGGGCACAUCGAGAGGGUAGCCCUCGACUUCCACGGAAACUAUGCGGUACAAAACCUGCUGGAGGCGGCGCACAAGGUCCGGGUGGAGGCAUACACCCUCGCCAAGCAGAAGGCGUUGCCUGCCGAGGACUUUGCCAGCCUGCCGCCGGGGUGUGCCUGCACCGCGCUGCGCGCCUACUCGGAGCUGCUCAAGGCGCUGACCCCAGCCAUGCACCAGCUGGCCACCAGCGACCGGGGCGUGUACGUGCUGGUGAAGCUGGUGAAGCUGGGGUCGCCGAUGGAAACUGUGUACAUCGCGGAGCAGGCAACCCCGAUGGUGGUGGAGUGGAGCGGCUCCAAGGACGGCUCCCUGUUUGUCACGCAGCUGGUGGACCGGCUGGCGCAGGUGGCCACCGAGGGCGGCCCCGCCUCCCCCAAGGCCGCCGAGGCGCUGGCCCGGAUGUGCGCCCAGCUGCUGCACCACAGCCGCGCCCUCAUCUCGUGGGCCCGCCACCAGCACAUGGGCCCCGCCCUGGUGGGGAUGAUGCAGGGGGCGCUGCCGCACCUGGACGCAUUCAAGAUGGGCUACCAGCUGGCCAUUAACGCCCACUACAUCUGCCAGGCCCGCAGCGGCAGCCGCACGCUGGAGCUGAUGACGCAGCUCAAGGCCGCAGACCUGCGCUGCCGGGAGAUGGUGCGAGACCUGUGCUGCUACAUGGCCAAGGCACUUCAAGGGCACUUUGGGCAGAUGGCGGCGAAGAGCGAGCAGGGCGGGCAGCGCGUGAUCAAGGCGCUGGUCAGCCUGCUUGCGGCGGAACGAGAAGACCAGUGGGUGCGGCAGAUCACCGGAGAGGUGGUGGCGGCUGGGGCCAGCCUGGGGGGCGACCGCGAAGCACUGGACGUUCUGUGCCAUUGCCUGGCGCUGCCGCUGUGGGCCCCGCCCGACCUGCAGCAGCACUAUGCGGCUCUGUCCGAUGCGGCGCUGGACGUAGGCGAUGCGAGGGAGCGGGUUCAGGCUGCCAAGGCGGGUCAGGAGCCGCUGGCGGGCCUGCACCGCUCGCUGUCGGAUGUGCAGCCCUCGAGCCCGGCAGAGGCCAUCCGACGCUUCCCUUACUAUGUGCGUGAGGGCGCUGCGCAGCAGCCUCGCCACUCCAUGCUCCCAAAGGCGACGCAGCAGGAGGCCGGGCCCCCGGCAGCGGCACCCACCUCCCCGCCGCACUGGCGGCAGCAGCAGCCGCAGCAGCAGGCGCAGCAGGGGCAGCAGGCGCAGGCGCCGCCACAGAAGGCAGCGCCUCCGGGCUUCCCCGGAGUGGCGCCCACGCCCGCCCCGCCGCCGCCGCCGCCGCCCGGCUUCCAGGCGCCAGCAGCCGCAGCUGCGCCCGCAGCCCCAGCAGCCCCAGCAGCCCCAGCAGGCCCAGCAGCCCCAGCAGGCCCAGCAGCUGCAGCAGCCGCCAAUGGCGUCAUGUUCCCAAACGGCAGCCGGGUGCCCAUGCCUCAGCCAUACAGCACCACAACCAGCAGGGCCAGCAGCGCUGCAGCAGCACCGUCGGAAGCAGAUGGCAGGAGCAGCAGCGCCAGCAGCGCUCCCGCAGCCCCCGCAGCCGCGCCCGCGGCCGCACUCGCCAGCCAGCCGCCGGCCCUCGCCGCCCCGGCCGCCGCCGCCGCCCCGCAGCCUCCCGCGGCAACCGCAGCCCCCGCUGCGCCCCAGGCACACGCGCCGCCUGCCCAGCAGCCCCCCAGGGCUAUGCUGCCAGCCUCGGCAGGGCCGAGCACCGCGGCCGCGCCGUUUCUGCCACCCCAGCUGCCCGCCGCAGCUCGGCCGCUGCCGCCGCCCGCACAGCUUGCUUCCGCUGCGCCGCCCCAGCAGCUGCAGGCUCCGCCGCCACACCUUCGGGCGCUGCCGCCGCACAUGCAGCAGCCGGGGAUGGCAGCAGCAGCGCCAGCGCCGGCGGCGGCGCCGCUGCCAAGCCCUGCGAUGCAGCAGCUGCAGCAGCAGGCACCGCAGCUGCAGCUUCAGCAGCAGCAGCAGCCGCAGCAGCAGCAGCUGGGCGGCGCGCUUGGCGGCUUUGCCAGCGUGGCAGAGAUGCUUCAGGAGCUGACAGCCACGGCGGCGCCGCAGGCGGUACCGCCCCGUCCCGCAGCAUACCGCCCCGCCUUCCGCCCAGCGUACCGCCCCCCAGGGGCUGCAGCCCCCUUGCCCGGCGCCGGCCUGUCGCCUGGCGCCGCCGCAUUCAACCCCGGCGCGCCGGUGCGGCCCCCUGCAGCGGCGCCCGCCCUGGCCGCCUCCCCGGCGGCUCGCUUCCCCAUGCCAGCCGCGCCGCCGCGCGUGGCGCCGGCGCCGCAGCCGCAGCCGCAGCCGCAGCCGCAGGCGGCAUUCGCGGCGGCGGCAGCGGCGGCGCAGGCUGGGCCUGCCGGGCCGGGCGCCCCCUGGUCCUGCCAGGUGUGCACCUACCGUCACGAGGGGCCAGAGGUCACCUACCUUCAGUGUGCAAUGUGCGGCAGCCCCCAGUGCUGA